AUGACAAUAUACAAUUUAUACAUAUUCGAUCGCCAUUGUCAGUGCAUCUAUUUUCAGAAAUGGUCUCACAAGACAGCACCAGCUGUAACAACAUCUUCCUCCAUCACAGGAACAAGCACAAAUAGUCAGCUAAAUAAUAGCAGUCGCUUAGGCACACUCACCGCGACUACAAACUCAUCUCGUUUCUCGGCUUCAAGUGCUGCAUCUUCAGUUGCAGAAAACACAAAUUCAUCUUCUCUUGUUCGAAGUCAAACAGUACAAAGUGGCCUGGCUGCAGGAAGCGUCAUCUCUAUUGAGGAAGAAGCAAAGUUAGUAUAUGGUGUUAUUCUCUCUUUACGUAACUUUGUACGUAAACUGAGUGGAAGUCAGGACGGCUUUAUAUCUUACAGGACAUCCACCUAUCGCUUACACUACUAUGAAACACCCACUGGAUUGAAAUUUGUGAUGAACUCAGAUCCUAAUACAGAGAAUCUUCGAUUGGUUCUCAAACAGAUAUACAUUCAACUCUAUGUCGAGUUUGUGGUGAAAAAUGGACUUAUGCGUUUCGAUGAUACCCGCUGGGAAAUUAGUCAUGGUUACUUGCCGACAAGUGAAAAUACAGAACACAGUAUACAACAACAACAGCCCGCUUCUUCAUCUACAACGCCUCAACCAGGAAAUAUAUCAAAUGAACUAUUUAGAGUGGCAGUAGAUCGCUUUAUUCGCACCCUUAAGUCUUUUGAAUAA